GCGAGGCGCAUGUAUUUCUGCUGCUUAACAUAAAAUACACCGUAACAACAAAAUGUUACGAAAUUUUAGUCGAAUUGGAUUUAAAAAUAUUAAAUUAAGUUUCAAUGAAGUACAGCCCGUACGUUACAUGGCUGGACAUUCAAAAUGGGCCAACAUAAAACAUAUUAAGGCGCAGAAAGAUGGAUUACGGGCAGCUCUUUUUGAAAAGAUUGCAAGACAACUCCGGCUGGCCGUACAGGAAGGCAAAUCGGCUGAUCCGGCCGUGAAUUCGCUUUUGCGAUCGGAAAUUGACAAUGCCCUGAAGAGAAAUAUGCCCAUGGGAACAAUACAAAAUACAAUUAAGAAAUGCCAGCAUAACAAAGCUCAACUGAAGAAACAUCGCUUUGACAUAAGAUAUAGAAGAAAAGUCUACAUGAUUUGCAGCAUAUAUAGCGAUAAUCUGCCUGGGAUCAAAAUGGAUGUGACGGCAAUGAUCAAAAAAUCUGGAGCUGAAUUCGUAGAUGUGAGCCAUAUGUUCGAGGAUUUUGGACUUAUAGAAGCGCGUUAUGCUUCACCGUUGACCAGCACUGAAACCAGCCUAGAGGAGAAGGUCACGGAAGACGCAAUUCAACUAGGAGCUGAAGAUGUGGAAAUUGUUGAUGCUGCCACGGCCGCAGUGAAUUUCAUUUGCAGUCCGUCUCAUUUAACUGGCCUCAGUAAAACCUUGGAGCAAAAUGGGUACUCGAUCGAGAACAGCGAGCAUGUAUUUACACCAAAUAGCCUUGUACAGCUGGACGAGGACGAAAAGAAGGCAUACCACGUAUUUAUAAAGAAGCUGCGAGGUGUUCCCGGUAUGGAGGACAUAUAUGAUAACGUCGAAUAAAGUCACGUCUUCAGCUAUACAUAUAUAUAUAUAUUUAUUGUACAUAACUKGCAAUAAUCUAUGUUCAAUUGUUACAUGUCUGUAAAGAUGUGAAUAAAUAUGUUAUAAAAUUACAAACUAUUUCAAAUGUGCUCGCUCGGCCUACUGGAUACAACGGAACAACAUUUACUAUGAAAUCUCUUAUAUCAAAUGCUCUUUACAAUGCGGUAAUGGGAGUCUUUCCUUGCUUGUCUCUCAUUAACAGUUAUUUAACUUGAAGUUCCCUGAAUAAGAUCCAACCUAUUUAAGAAAUUAGAGAUUAGUUUCUGAUGCGAAUGUGUUUUGCUUAGACUUACAGUUUGUGGAAGUUCAGCAGCUGAAAGCCUAGAUUGUCUAAACGAAAGUUCGAAUUAAGAUAAUCUAUAUAGGCGAUGGAAGUAUUUAAAUAGGGUUUACACAAUGUUUAACACUCAUUUCAAAAUUCCUAAAAGAUUUUAAUUAUUUAUAAAUAAUUUAAAUGAACUGGUUGUAAAUUAUAUAA